AUGAUGAUAUUGUCAACAUCUCCUAACAAUAAGCGUGUUGGCGGUGGUGGUAGCACAGUAGCCGAUGGCAUCUUGUUCAAAUACAAGUUGGCUAAAGGAUUGACGAUUGCCAGCAUGAUUUUGAUCAUCAUCAUGGCAAUACAUACGCUUGUAUCGCCUAUGCCACGAUGGUUCCACAACAAUUUAUCAGACGACAAUUACCUUCAUGAUGGCAGAUGCGAGUUACCAAGCGAAUUAUCGCUUGUUUCAAGCGAAGAUGGAACCUAUACCCCUCCCAAUCCUGAUGCCACACUUUUAGAAGCGAUCCAUCAUGCCACCUAUAACGAUAUUGACAGCUAUUGUCGCAACGUCUAUAGCCCAACCAAGGGCUUCAAUGAUGCUACGCUCUAUAACACCCACGGCGAAUGCGGCAAUUGGCAACAACGAUAUCGACAGCUACAUCAAGAACGAUUGGAGCAGUUUGAGUUGAUCAAGCAAGGCAACUUCGAUGCUGUAAAGGAGCCUCCUCAAUUUGUAUCCUACUUGUGUCGAGAAGUACCCGUCAAAGGCAACCGGGGUUGUGGUGGAUUAGCCGAUCGCAUGAAUGGGAUGAUCUCCACCUUUUUUUAUGCAUUGCUUACCGACCGAGCAUACCUUGCUCAUUGGGCUGAUGCCAAUCCCAUCCCAUUGGAAGUGUUAUUUGAGAGGCCAAACAUUGAUUGGUCUUAUGACCCCAAGGAAAUGAAGGAGCUCUUCAAUCAACCUGAUAAGGGUCUAACACAUCAGGAUGUUGAUACACUUAACCAAAAAUACCCCGUGCUUGGUCGAACUUUAUUUCCCAAUGGCCCCACACAAGACUUUCAUGAGCUAUGGAAUGGCACGUUUGUUGAAAUACGCUCCAAUCGUGGUUACAUUGUUCGUACCUUUAAAGAGUCAUCCGUGUAUCCAGACAUGUUGAGCACCAUGGGGCUUAACAAGGAGAACACCUUUGGAUGCUUGACUGAUUUUCUUUUUCGACCUACCAUUGGAUCCCGCCGUUUUAUUAACGCAUACCGUGGUCUUUUUCAAAUGGAGAGCAUUCUCAGUAUUGGCAUGCAGAUCCGCACAGAUGAUAAUGCCCUGGCCAAUCCACAAUGGGAUAGCAAUUCACUUGAGCAAUGGGAUUACUUUUUAACUUGCGCCAAUCAACUCGCUAGUGUCAAGCGGCGACCGCAUCACAAGCGUGUUGUGUACUUUUUGAUUACAGACUCGGUGCGUUUACGUGAUGAGUUUGCAUCCAUCAAUAGCAACAGCACGCUUGCCGAAAUGUAUUUGGGCCAAUAUCAUAAUGAAACCAGCACCGUCAUCACCGGCUUGCCCAUUCAGCACAUUGAACCUGAUCAAGUAGAAAAGUACAUCCAUGUUGAACAUCACGUGGAUGUCACGAUUGAACGCAUGACGCCUGGUGUUAAUAGCGCAGUGAUUGAGAAUUGGCUUUUGGCAAACACCAAUUACCGCAUCAUCAGCCCACAAGGUUAUGGGAAGCUUGCCGCAUUUCAUUCCAACUCGGAUAACAGCACCAUCUCAUUGCCAAGAUAUACAAGAAAACAAGAUGCUCCCGAUUGCACAAGCCCCGAUGCCAUGGUCACAUACGACUGGCUUGCCACUCAAUGGAGUCUUGGUUGA